AUGGGUAGCCAGCAGCAUGUGUCCCAACCGCCAACUCUCAUGCCAAAUGGACGUCCCGCACCGCCCCCGCUCAGCACGAAUGGACUCGGAGGUGGUUCCAGUUUGGAGGUGAAGACGGUUGGACCGGCAUCUGCAACCUCUGCCAAUUACUCGUCAGCCAAUCUGUCCAUCCGACAAUCUGGAGGCGACUCAGACCCUUCAUCCGCGAUUGGCUCGGUGUACUCAGAUCGCGAUGGGGUUUCGAUGGAACGCGAAAACAGCGUGAAUGGGCUCCUCCCCGAUCUGGAUAGACUGUCGUUAGAAAAGGGCCGGCCCCUCGAUGUUGAUGAUCUCGAUGAUGAGGGCUGGCACGCCGCUAGUGAGCAGAACAAAAUCGUCGAGCUGGGUAGUCUAGGUGAAGGUGCUGGCGGAGCUGUCACGCGAUGCAAGCUGAAGGAGGGAAAGACCGUGUUCGCAUUGAAGAUCAUUACUACGGAUCCCAACCCCGAUGUCAAAAAACAGAUUGUUCGUGAGCUGAACUUCAACAAAGAUUGCGCCUCCCACCACAUCUGUCGCUACUACGGCGCGUUCAUGGACAAGUCGACCGGCACAAUCUCCAUCGCCAUGGAGUUCUGCGAAGGGGGCAGUCUCGACAGUAUCUACAAAGAAGUCAAAAAGCUCGGAGGUCGCACUGGAGAAAAGGUUCUCGGCAAGGUCGCCGAAGGUGUUUUGAACGGGCUGACCUACCUCCACAGCCGCAAGAUCAUUCAUCGAGAUAUCAAACCAUCCAACAUCCUCAUAUGCCGCGACGGCAAAGUCAAACUCUGUGACUUCGGUGUCAGCGGUGAAUUCGGUACCAAGGGUGACGCCAACACCUUCAUUGGCACUUCUUACUACAUGGCCCCCGAACGUAUCACUGGUCAAUCAUACACGAUCACAUCAGACGUGUGGUCUCUCGGUGUGACUCUUCUUGAAGUCGCACAGCACCGAUUCCCCUUCCCUGCCGACGGAACAGAGAUGCAACCCCGCGCAGGUCUAAUAGAUCUUCUCACAUACAUUGUCCGCCAGCCAAUUCCCAAGUUGAAGGAUGAGCCGAACGCCGGCAUUCGCUGGUCGGACAACUUCAAGUACUUCAUUGAAUGCUGUCUGGAAAAGGAACCUCCACGACGAGCAACUCCCUGGCGGAUGCUGGAACAUCCGUGGGUACAGGACAUGAAGAACAAGAAAGUCAACAUGGCAAACUUUGUGAGGCAGGUAUGGGAUUGGAAGGAGUGA